AUGUCACGCUCUCUGCUGCUGCUGCUGCUGGUCUGCUGCUCCGAGGCAGCUCAUUUUUAUGGCACGGUGAUGACCUACUACCCAAAAAACAUUAGCACAGAUGGAUCUGUCACGGUGGUUCUUCGCUAUAAGCUGAACUUCCACUCGUGCAUAGACGAGGACACAUGGGAUUGCCCCAGCGGGGACUGUGGGACUCAGAGUGCUUUGACACUAAACACGGUGGAUGAAGAAAGCAGUGGAGAGUGGUGUCAGAGAGAGGGAAUCAUGACUCGCCAGGUUCCCAGCAAUGCGUCUUUUCAGCUAGUGUUGGAAGGUGGUAACUGGAUAAAUAACAUCAGAAAUGGCAUCACGUUAUGGAAAGCUGUGACUCUGGUUGAACUGAGGAACCGGUCUGACACCGGCAAAGCCAACACAUCGCCCCAGACCACCAUCCUGCCAGCUGUGCGAGUUCCUUCAAACUGUCAGAGAAAUUUCACCCUGUUGGCCUUUGACCCUGACGGAGACGAGGUUAAAUGCAGAUAUGGAAAAACAUCAGAGUCAGAGUGUAACCCCUGCACACCAGCGUCUGUUCUCAACCUGUCAUCAACCUGUACUCUGUCAUUCAGCCCCACUAAUACCAGUGAUGAAGGUCCAUACGCAGUCCAGCUGGUGAUGGAGGACUUUCCCAGGCAGACUAUCAGCCUGACUCAGACUGGCGGGGUGCAGACCAUAGUAACUAUGAACGACGCUAUCAGCAAAAUACCUGUCCAGUUUGUUUUACGGGUGGAUCCUGCUGUGCCAUCCUGCACAGAGGGGCUCUAUUUGCCCAGGUUCCUGCCUCCAACCCCGGCCAACAGAGCUCAGCUGUACACCCCAGUCAGUCAGACCCUGGAAAUCAGCAUCAGUGCACAGGCAAACAUCUCUGCGUGA